AUGACUCGCCCGUCGGAUCAACACCCUGUUGAGAAGGACACGGAUGCCCACGAGCCUGAAAUCAAUACCAACGACCAGCCUCCAGAGAACGACCAUGUCGCCGGCGAUGGGGACGAUGUGGAACAUGGACCUCAUUCAGCAGGAGGCACAGCAAGCUUUCGGAGCCGGAAUCUACGUCGCCCUGCCCAAGCGUUCCCUGAAGGCCUUACUAGACUGGAUGCAAUCCACCGGACUCUCCAGAUGUCCAAAGAUAAUGGCCACGCGAUGAUGGCGGAGGAUGUACAUGACCGACCAUCCUCCUCCGCCACCCUUGAUCCAAGAGUGGUCAGGGUCAAGGGGCUGGAGGAUGAAGUCGAUUCGCUGCGAAAUGAGCUUGGAGAUGUCAAGCAUGACUUGACCAUCAUGCAAGAGGCAGUAGAUGACUACGAAUUUGAUAGCCACGUGACCCGCGCCGACCUUUCAAAAACGAUGCUCGAGGUGAAAGCUGACAGAGCUGAUCGACAGUUCGAGUUCCGAAUGAUCACGAAUGAACUCCAAAAUCUUAGCAAGGAUUUUAAAAGACUAACCAAAAGGCUUGAAUAUUUCCAGGGACUCAUUAAGGACUACGAGAAGGACUGUCCCUGUGCCAGGAGUUACGCAAAAGCUCUCGAGGCGCGGAUCGAUGGGCUCGAAGCGAGAAUAGGGGCUCAGAAGAGUCCCGACGCACAACACCGGCAAAUUCCUGGGAGGCCUUUCUGUAUCCCUCACAGGAACCAGGACAAUCUCGCGAGGAACCGAGGCGGCUUCUUGCGCGCUGGGGAGUGGAAGGACCGAGCAAGGGUGGGCCGUGAGCUAGGGCACGACGCUGAUUUCCUCACCGAUUUGAAGAUUUCUCAGAGGAAGAAUCAGUCGGACGAUGGCACUUUUAGGAGUCUGUAUGGAUUUGCUCCGCAGUGGAGCGAGGAAACAUUUUUGGAGUAUGAGUCCUUCGUCAAGGUCUUGAAUCUGUAUGGCUCAGAACACUUGAAACAAGUUGAAGUGAAGCUCAGCAAGGGGUUGGAGAGGGCUCAUAGUAAGGCGGUGGAACUCGCUAACAACAACAAGAUGGAGGAGGCGGAGAAUGUGUGUACGAAGUACUUGGAAGAAAGGUCCAGGAGCCAGGCUGCACUGUGAAUUGGACAAGGACGGGUUUUGGCGUUUCGUGUUUGUGCUUG